GUCAGCCUCCUUCGCCAGCCAUAAAAUUAAUGCUCGGACGCCUUUUCGACCGUGCUCUCCGCUCUCCUGCCCACACCCACAUUCCUUGCCCACGUUCCUUACCAACCUUCGUUAUCGACAUGCGCUCCUUGACCGUUAUCACCUCGGUGCUCUUCCUCGCACAGCAAUCCUCGGCGGCGCCUCUGAGCGUGACCCCCCAGCCCAUCUCUUACGUGGCCGAUACCGGCGCCGUCACCUCAGGUAAAUCGGCGACUCAGCCUGUCUCCAACACUGUUCAACCGCUUCAGGCCGCCCAGCCACCGUGCACCAUCGGAGGCACGGAUGUGGCCAACCCCGAGAUGUUCAACGGUCUACACAGCGGCACGGUUCAACCCCCGCACGCCUUGUCCCGGACCCAGUACGCCGAGCUGCUCCAACAAUGUAUCUCAAACCCAAACUCCAACCGCGCCGUUGAUGGGCGAGAUCAGGCGAGCGCCAUUGGGCGCAGAGGCGCCACUAACGCAGAAAACACACCGAUGAAACGGGCUGAUAUAGGCUAUGCUCCGUACGCUAACUAUCCGGGAUUUGAUGCCCCAGGCGAUGCAACAGGCGGCUCGACGCUCUCGGAUGGCGGCUAUGCGGACGGCACCAAUGCCGAAAGCUCCAGUGGUUAUGCCCCCAUGGAGGGCUACGACGGCUACGCAGGGUCGGAGGGGUACAGCCCAUACACAACGGGGGACAGCGCAUCGUCUAGCGCUCCGAGUUCGUCCAGUGGUUCGGACAUCCAGGGCACCACAGGCGCUCCCGGUGGUAUCGGGAGCACAGAGGCUGACGGUGUGGCGCCCAACUCUGGCCGUGGAGGAGGGGGGUCUGGAAGUAACUCUGGCAACACGUCCCAGAACGUGAACAGCAAGUCGGCCGCGGCGACUGGUUCGACUACGGGUGAUGGCGCCGACGGCGACGACCCAUCUGCUUCGGAUCCCACCGCGAACUCUGGGGCCUCAGACGCGCCGACCGCUGCGUCGGACUCGCCACUUGACGGCGGCGACGACUCUGCUGCAAACGGCGGUAACUCCGGUCCCGACGCUGCCACGAAUGGGGACGACGCCGCGGGGAAUGGUACUGGCUCUACUGCGGGCGACGGCGCUAACUCUGCUACGAAUGGCGACAAUUCUCUGGCGGCUUCGGUAACCACAGAUGGUGGUAACGACAACGCGGCGGCUCUUGCGGGCACAGAUGGAGACUCGAACGCUGGUGGUGACUCAGUCAACGGUGGCAACGACGACAACUCUGAUGGCCUGGCUGCAACAGGCGCCGGCAUCUGGAGCCUCGAACUCCGCUGGCGAUGGCUCGGAGACGGCACCGACAAUGGCAAUGUCAACGGCCUGACUGUCACUGCGUCUUCGUCUGACGACGGUGCCCCCGUGGCUUCUGGAGACUCGACCUCAGCUGGCGGUAGCUCGGACGAUGGGGACGACUCCAACGGGCUCGCUGCCACCGUAGCUUCUACUUCCUCGUCCGACGAUGGGGCUCUGGAGACUCAGACACCACUGACAACAACUCGAACGACGCCGGGGCUUCCAAUGGCCUCACUGCCACUCGCGAACGACGGUGACGACGCCGAUGGCCUGACUGCUACAGGCACCGUAGCUGGGGACUCUGGGGACUCGGACUCGGGCGCUGCUGACGACGGUUCGGAUGAUGACGAUUCGACCGAUGCCACAGAUGGUACCACUUCCGACAUUGGCUCUGCUUCAGCUAGUGACGGGGGAUACUCAGCGACUGCCUACACCGGCUACGCCUCGUCCACAGGAUCGACUUCGGGUGUUUCUACGGAUUCUCCUGCCAGCGGGGAAGGUACCUCAGACGACGGCUCGGGCAACUCCAACUCGGUCGACUCCCUGCUAGCCAGCGACACAGGGGAUGAGGGCGACAACACAGCUCACUCGUCCAGCAACUCGAACGCUGUCUGCGUCGGCCUGCUCUGCACCGACAUCGUCGUCGCAAACGAAUUAUCGGAUAGCGAGGCUGUGGCGACAGUGCCUGCCCUAGGUGUUACCUCGUCGUCGUCGAAGUGCAACAUGGACGGCGACGUGAACCUCUGUGUGACCAUUUGAUACCUGGCUCGUGAUCAUGUACAUAUCUUGCUUCUGUACUAGAAUGGAGUUCUGGGGUUCUCUAGG